ACAACUCAUCACAAUUCAAUGUAAGUGUAGGACUCAAGCAGUUUUUAUUCAUGAAGGAGUAACAUGUACAUACAUAAUUUUCUAAGAAAAUUGAAGGUAGUCAUUUUACUUCUGUUCUGUUCAACUGAUUUGUAGGACCAUUAGUUUAGCUGCAAACGUAAAGAAAUACAGAGUGGCCAAAUAUUACAGUUAAACCAUAUUCACGAGAUAAGUAAUAUAUUAUUUGGUAGAAAACAGUUUGGAUCAUAUGCGAGUGAUAGCGUCUCCUCAGUAUUGCUAGAAAUAGGCGAAGGUGAAUUUUAUAGAAAAAUGUUGUGCUCAGAUAAACUUUCUUUGAGAACAUCGACAUAUUUUUGGGCAUUUAUGCACAUGUUUUUGGCCGUCGUUUUCUUACUCGCAUGUUCUUUGGAAUCUUUUCAAUUCAAUCGAAAUGAAGAUGAGCAAAGUUUUUGGAUUUACGUAUCAGCUCCAAUUGCUGGUCGAAGGGCCGAUAUAUUUAUUCUCUGGUGCUACGGAAUUUUAUACUUUUCCAGUGGCAUGAUGAUGUUUCAUGGAGUUCACAAGGAGCUGACAACUCUGAUAAAAUGCGUACUUUUUGUGUACAUCAUCUUGGAAGUUUGUGCAAUAGGAUUUAUUAAACGACUUAUCAAUAGCAAAUUGGAAGAAUCAUCGCAAACGAGAGAUUUCAUGGAUUUAUAUUUUAUUGUAAUUCAGUCAAGCCUAAUUAUAUUUUUUCUUACAGUUCAAGUUCUUAUUAGCAUAUUUUAUUCAAUUAAUCUAUUUAUUUAUGUCUAUAUUUUACAAAAGUCUAAAGCAAUUAUACAACAUUGUGACUCACACGUUUAAGAAUUACCAAACAAAACAUGUACAAAUAGCGAAUUCUAGUGAUAUUAUUAUCAAAGUUGUUUAGUAAAUACAAAUGAAAUAUUCAUUGGUUAUCCGUAUCCAUUUAUCAAUUAUUGAUUAAAAUGAGCUUAUCGAGAUACGAAACUCAAAUAAAACAUUUACAUUCCAUUUUUAAAGCUUA